AUGUCAGAUGCCAAAUCCCGAUUGUCGGGCCUGUUGGGCCACUUUGUCGGUUCCCAGCCAGCUCCUAAGAUCAACUUCCACACUCUCUCGCCGACAUUCUUCUUGCCCCGGGCGGCUUCAAUCGAGCCGGACGCAACGGCUGUUCAUCAUAUCACCAGGGAUGGUAAAGUGCUUCGCAGGUCGUAUAUUGAGGUUGCGGAUCGGGCACGCGGACUCGCGUACUGGAUCAAGAAGCAUGGCUACAAGAGAGUUGGGAUUCUGUGUCCUAAUACGCCGGCUUUCUUGGAGUCUAUCUUCGGUAUUGCCGCUGCGGGAGCUGUCAACAUUGCGGUGAACUACCGUCUCAAACAAGACGACAUCGCCUACAUCUUCACCCACUCCGAUGCCGAGGUAAUCAUUGCGGAUGAAGAGUAUCUUCCGCUCCUGCAAUCCUACCGAGCCGCAAAGCCCGGUGUCCCGAUUAUUGUGGACACCGACACGGAUGUGACAGCCGGUCAGAUUACCGGCCCGUUUGACUCUGCCGUCUUUGAAGGUCUGAAAUAUGAUUCGGACAAUGGCGGAAAAGGCUGGGACGCUCUUGAGAGCCAGGCCGCUAGUGAGGACGAUGUCAUUGCGCUUGCUUACACUAGUGGUACGACGGCGAGGCCUAAGGGUGUGGAGUUUACGCAUCGGGGAUGCUAUCUUGCUGCGAUGGCUAAUAUUGUUGAGUCCGGGUUGAAUUUUGAUGAGAGAAGGUGUCAUUAUUUGUGGACGUUGCCUAUGUUCCAUGCUAUGGGAUGGACCUUCCCAUGGGCGGUUACGGCAGUCCGCGGAACACACUACUGCCUGCGGAAGAUUGACUACCCCCAGAUUUGGAGGCUUUUGAAGGAGGAGCAUAUCAGCCACUUCAAUGCUGCGCCAACUGUCAACACACUUCUCUGCAACUCCGAUGAAGCCGAGAAACUCCCUGAACCAGUGCGCGUCACCGUGGCUGCCAGUCCACCGACUCCUCAUCUUUUCGAGCAGAUGACCAACCUGAACCUGCACCCGGUCCACGUCUACGGAAUGACCGAAACCUACGGUCCGAUCACCAAGGGAUACUACAUGCCCUCGUGGGAUAAACUCCCUCUCCAAGAGAAGUACAAGAAGAUGGCUCGCCAGGGUCACGGCUUCUUGACUAGUCUGCCGGUUCGAGUGAUCAAGACCGAUGUUCCCGAGGGAACCAUUACCGACGUCGAGCGUAACGGCAAUGAGAUUGGAGAGAUUGUCUUCAUUGGUAAUAUCUGUGCUCAGGGAUACUACAAGGAUCCCGAGGCGACGCGGAAGCUUUUCUUAGGUGGUGUCUUGCACUCGGGCGAUUUGGCCGUCUGGCAUGCAGACGGGGCUAUCCAGAUUCUAGAUCGGGCUAAGGAUAUCAUCAUCAGCGGCGGUGAAAACAUCUCCUCCGUAGCCCUCGAAUCCAUACUCGUCACGCACCCCGACAUCCUCGAAGCUGGCGUAGUAUCCGUCCCCGACGCUCACUGGGGCGAACGACCCAAGGCAUAUGUGACGGCUAAGCAGGGCAAGCGGUUGGACGACAAGGAUGUGAUCAGCUGGGCGCGCAACAAGAGCGAUAUUAGCAAGUUUAUGAUUCCUCGUGAGGUAGAGGUUGUGCCGGAGUUGCCUAAGACUAGUACAGGGAAGUUGAGGAAGAAUGUGCUGAGGGAUUGGGCGAAGGGUAUUAAGUCGCAGUAG